AUGCCUCUCAUCGACCCUGUAACAAUGUCUGCCAUCAAUCCAGCAUCACAAUCAGCUCCGGCGAAAACUUCAUCACCAAUUGAGCUUCUCCCAAACGACCUAGCGCGAAUCAUCUCACAGGUCCAUCCAGUUCUGCUCCUUUCAGCCUACUACCUACGAUUCCCAUCCUUUGUCGCAGACCCCAUACCAACCCUGCUAAGCUCUCUCCUCCCACUGGCAAUUAUCCAGGCCGCCUAUGCAGCCCUCUGCCUCCCUGCUACCGGCUCCAAUGCGAAGGCUGUGAAGAGAGGGAAGCUCAACGGGGCAAAGAAGAUAGGGGAUGCGCCUUCGGCGAACGCUUUUACUCUUCUAUUCUCCUUUGUCCUUUCCCUCCUCUCAACUCCCGUCCUGGCAGGCCUUCAAAUCCUCUUCGGCGCACCCAUUACAACCCACCUCCCGCACACGCUCCUCAGCUCCGCGCACCUGGCCCUACUGACCGUCUUCCCUUUGGUAUACGUGCACGGCUCCGAUGGCAAGAAGUGGAGGGAGAUAGCGUCGCUGCAUAGCCCUAUUGAUGAAGUAUUUGGAGGGGCUGUAGGCUGCUUUCUGGGAGCUUGGUUGGGCGCUGUGCCCAUCCCCUUGGAUUGGGACAGGGAAUGGCAGAAGUGGCCAGUUACGAUUGUUACGGGUGCGUAUGCUGGAUAUGUUCUGGGUAAGAUGGUGGGGAGCUGGCUGUUGAAGGGGAGGAGGAUUGAGUUUGAUUGA